UUCACUGAGUAUUCCCGGCAAUGUGCUCAUGCUGGAGGAAAGCCAAAGAACUGGAGAACAGCUAAGCUAUGCCCCUUGAAAUGUGCUUUCAAUCUGGAGUUCCGUGAAUGUGGCAGUGCUUGCCAAGACACCUGUACUAAUCCAGAACGCUCAUUACUAUGUGAUGAACACUGUACAGAUGGAUGCUUCUGUCCAGCAGGCAUGGUUUUUGAUGACAUCAACAAAUCUGGAUGUGUACCUAAAAAGAAGUGUCCUUGCACAUUCAAUGGAGAUGUCUAUCCCAUUGGAACAGGAUAUUCUGAAACCUGCAAGGAAUGCACAUGUGUUGGAGGGAAGUGGAGCUGUGACAAAAAGCCCUGCACAGGUAUCUGCUCUCUUGAAGGAGGUUCACACGUCACCACCUUUGACCUUUCACGUUACAAAUUCCACGGAGACUGUAAUUAUGUGUUGGCAAAGACAUGUGAUAAUCUCCUCUUCACUAUAUUGGCUGAAAUUCGCAGAUGUGGAAAAACUGACACUGAAACAUGCUUGAAGAGCAUCUCUCUCAGCCUCAAUGGAGGAAAAGAUUUCAUCUUGGUGAAACAUUGUGGCAGUGUUUACGUCAACUCGUUGUAUACACCGUUACCAAUGACAUCUUGUAAUUUCACCAUGUUCAAACCAACAUCCUUUUUUAUCAUCAUGGAAGCUAAAAUGGGCAUGCAGAUGCAUAUCCAAUUGAAACCCACCAUGCAGGUCCACAUUGUAAGCGAUCAAAGGCAUAUGAACGGAACCUGCGGUCUCUGUGGUAACUUCAACAACAUUCAAUCUGAUGACUUUAAAUCACCCAGUGGAUUGAUUGAAGGGACUGGGGCAUCAUUCGGCAACCAGUGGAAAACACAAGCAGAUUGUCCCAGUGUCAAAAACAGCAAGGUGAAUCCUUGUUCUCUCAGCUCUGAAUCAGAAACUUAUGCCAAACACUGGUGCUUGUUCCUAACAGACAGCAAUGGACCAUUCUCUCAAUGUCACAAAACCAUUGAUCCAGAAGACUAUUAUAAGAGAUGCUUGUACGAUACCUGUAACAGUGAAAAAAGUGAAGAUGCCAUGUGUGCAGUUAUGUCGUCAUAUUUCUAUGCCUGCUCUAGAAAAGAAGUUGAUUUGAGGGGGUGGAGAACACAUGUCUGCAGCUCAUACACCCUGGACUGCCCAAAGACUCAAACAUACUCUCCGCUUGUCAGUACAUGUGAGCCCACCUGUCGCUCCCUCAGUGAGCCUGAUGCCUUGUGUGCCAUAAGCAUGCCCAUUAUUGAUGGAUGCCGUUGUGAGGAUGGAACCUAUAAGGAUCAUAAUGACAAAUGUGUGCUUCCAGCUUUUUGUUCCUGUUUUUACAAGGGGACACCAGUGUCACCAGGAGAAGUUUUCCAUGAAAAUGGGGUAAAAUGCACCUGCAAGAAUGGAAAACUGGAAUGUAUUGGACAAGAUACUAAAGAAAUAGUGUGUAAGAGCCCAAUGGUCUAUUUUGACUGUGACAAAGCCCCAGCAGACACCAAGGGAUCUGAAUGUCAAAAAAGUUGUUCGACAUUUGACACAGAAUGUUACAGCACACAGUGUGUUUCUGGCUGCAUGUGACCUGAGGGAUUAGUGACUGAUGAUGAUGGGCACUGCGUGCAUGAAGAAGAUUGUCCGUGCAUGUUAGAUGAUGAUUUAUAUGAACCAGGGGAAGAAGUUCAAGUAAAAUGCAACACCUGCACUUGCAAAAAUAGAAAGUGGGAUUGCACAACCAACACAUGUCUGGCGACAUGUGCUAUAUAUGGAGAUGGGAACUACAUUACUUUUGAUAACAAGAGAUACAAUUUCAAUGGACAAUGCCAGUACUCCUUGGCUCAGGAUCAUUGUUCUGAGGAGCCCGGUACAUUCUACAUCAUCUCAGAGAACAUUCCAUGUGGCACGACAGGCACCACCUGCUCCAAAUCUAUGAAGCUCUUCCUAGGGAACUAUGAGUUAAUUCUUGGUGACCAGAAAUUUGAUGUAGUGAAGAGAAAUUAUGGGCAAUAUGUACCUUUCAAAGUUCGACAGAUGGGCAUCUACAUGAUAGUUGAGGCUUCAAAUGGCUUGAUGUUGGUGUGGGACAAGAAAACAACUAUCUUUGUGAAACUCCACCCCAAUUUUCAGGGCAAGGUUUGUGGUCUUUGUGGUAAUUACGAUGGGAAUGCUGUUAAUGACUUUAUCACCAGAAGUCGCUCUGAGGUUGGUGACGCAUUUGAAUUUUGCAAUAGCUGGAAAUUGUCGCAAAACUGCCCGAAUGCUAUUGAAGCAAAAGAUCCUUGUCUGUCCAACCCAUAUAGGAAAGCAUGGUCACAGAAGAAUUGUAGUAUCAUCACAGGUCCUGUCUUCCAGGCCUGUCAUCCCAAGAUUGACCCAAUGGAAUAUUAUGAGUCUUGUGUUCAUGAUGCCUGUGCUUGUGACACUGGAGGAGACUGUGAAUGUCUCUGUACAGCUGUAGCCUCAUAUGCCCAAGCUUGCAGUGAAACUGGAAUAUGUGUGAACUGGAGAACUCCAUCCAUAUGUCCUAUAUAUUGUGAUUUCUACCAUCUGAAAGGACAUUGUGAGUGGCAUUACCAAGCUUGUGGAGCUCCAUGCAUGAAGACAUGCAUGAAUCCUACUGGGGUUUGCUUUAACAAUCUGACUGGUUUAGAAGGUUGUUACCCAAAAUGUCCACCAGACAGUCCUUAUUUUGAUGAGGAGAGCAUGCGGUGCAUUUCCUCGUGUCACUAUUAUGAUGAAUAUGGAGAUGAAUAUAAACCAUGA